ACACCCACUCGCAAACUCUCGACACUACUUACCCACGAUAUGCCAAACUUGCGUCGAGCGGGCAUCAGAUGUGUGGCACAACACAGGUUAGGAAGGUGAGUAUGCUCUGUGUAUAACCUCGGACGUAUUAAUGACCCGCUGGCUUUCAUCUCGAGCCUCUCAUCAAGUCGGAGCAUUGUCUAUAAAUUGCAUUGUCUCUUCCCAAGAGCAUCACCCUCAUCACAACAUCAAGCCACGAAAUAGCAACCCAUCAAACGUUCAUCAUGAAACUCACCCUUGCCUUGAUUGCUGCCAUUGCAGCCCCAGCUCUCGCCGCAGUUGGGGGCCGCUGCUCCAACAAUUGGGGUGGUGAUUGCAUCUGCCUCGACUCGAGCGUCUGCCGGAACCGCUGGGGGGGUACCCCGUAUACUGGCUCUCCGGGCAACUGGCCCUGCCCCAACGAUCCUGACAACAUCAUGGCAUGCGUUGUCAAGCCUUGCCCCGGUCAGGGCAGCGGCACCCAGUGCUUGUGGAGAAAUGCUUGCCGCAGCCCCAACGGAAACCCUGUUUGCCCGGGAGGUAACGACUUUAUCUGCUGCAACCAUCAGUGGUAGAGAAGGUACUAGGUAGUUAACAAGAAUAUUGAGUGUCAUCAUUUCAGUAAAAAUCGCUGCAAGAUACACCAACGCCUGUAAAUGCAACAUCGUAUCGUGGUACCCAGAAAGCCACCUUUGUGACGACAGAAACCCCAAAACAAAUUAAUACACUGUAGCUUUUGCCCCAAGUCUUAUCGUUACACCUUUUCACCAGCCGAGAUGGCCUUGGUCUUCUCGAGCAACCCAAAUUUGCUGUCCAACUCCUUUCUAAGGGCUACAUGUCUCUCCAGAAAGGUCACUGCUGCGCCGAGAAGCGCCAUGGCCAGAAAGAUGACCCAGACCAGCUUGAGGCUGGAGGCAAAGACGGCCCUGAUUUGGUCUUGCACACCUGGGUCGCCGAACGCGCUGAUCCAGCUGGCCGAUGCAUGCUCGUACGCCUGUCCGUUGCUGAGUUGGUCCUGCGCAUUCGCGUCGUCUAUAGUCUUUAUGCUGGCCGCGAACUGAGCGUUGAACGCUGCGUUGGGAACGGCAACACCCAGGAGCGAGCCAAGGCCCCUGAGAAAUGCCCAGGAUCCCGUGGCUGCGGCAUUCUCCUUGUCGGUAAGCUGGACGAGAACGGUGGGCAGGGUGGUGGAAACGAUGAUGCCGGAUCCGAUGCCGACCAGGAAUGAAAACAGUAUCCACAGAGCAGUUGAGGUGGACUGUUGGUAGACCACGCAGAGGAACAGACCGGUAGCCAUGAGAACAAAGCCCACACGGUGCAUUAGCCUGUAUCUGCCAAACUUUGCCAGCAGUGGCCCGCCCAGGGCCGCCAGGAUGACAAUCGUCAGUGUGCAAGGAAGGAUGAGGAUUCCUGAUUGGGUUGGCGAGGAGCCGAGAAUGACUUGAAAAAAGGGCGGCAGGUAAAACUGAAAGCCAUAGGUGAUGAACCCGUGUAUCACGGUGAUAGCGAAAGCGGCUAUGGUCGUCCUGUUGCUGAAGACGUGGGGGGCCAUGAUGGGGUGCGAACACCUAUCGCUUCGCUCCCAAAACGCAAACGCAACAAUUCCCAGCAAGCCUGUCCCCACGAAAGCUAAGAUGGGAGGCGAGGUCCAAGAGCUGACAGCCGCCGAGGUGAAACCAAAGAGCAUCAUGAUGACGCUGGCGGUCAAGACGGUGAUGCCCAAAAAGUCGACCUGCGAGACCUUGAACCUCAGCUCUCGCCAUGUUCUGGAGGGGUUCCCGUUGUUGAGGCUCAGCCAAAACCACAUCAGGAUCAGGGCAAUUAGACAGAUGGGAAUGUUGAUGCCGAAGCACCACCGCCAGUUCAUCGUGGCAAACACUCCUCCCAGCAAAGGACCGACGGUUGUUCCGAGGGCGUAGACGGCUGCCUUGAUGGCGACGUAGUGUCCCCUUUUCUGCAGCGGGAUUAUGUCGCAGAGGAUCAGUUCUGCAAAGAGAUCAAUGCCCCCUGAGCCCAUUCCUUGAACCACUCUGCCAAAGAUCAGAACGGCGCUCGAGUCGGCCCAGCCCGAGAUGGCGCUUCCAAUGCCAAAGAUAACGACGGCUGCCAUCAUCAAAGGCCGGCGGCCGCAGAUGUCAGCGAGCUGGCCGUAUAGCGGCUGAAAGACAAUGGACGCUAGGAGAAAAGACGUGGCAACCCAGGAUGAGUUUGAUCCCAGGUUGAGAGAGCUAGAGAUGGUAGGCAGAGCGGUGCUGACCACGCUCCCCUCAAAGGCGGACAAGAGGAUCGGUAUACAGACGGCUGUGAAGCACCUCCAAAACCCAGCUCCGCGGCGCCAUCCUCCAGACGGGCCUGCCGGGGAUGGCUUCUCCUUCUCCGUGUCCCACGAAUCUAGGGAGGAGGAGGAGGAACACUCGGAAGAGGUGAGGGGAAUGGUCGAAAUGACAACCCCCUUCUCUUUGGACGAUAUGAAAGAGGCAUAUGAUGGUGGUGGUGGUUUGAUCUUGUCGUCGUCGUGGAUGGGGGUUGGACAGCAGUCGGACCUGGCGUCGAUGCCAGAGUCUGAGCUGGUGCGGGCAAGGGUUUCGGUCUCGGACUCAAUCUCAGUUACCGAGUCUGUAUCGUGGUGGGCCGUAGUCUCCUGAUCAGUCUCGGCUCGGCAGGUCGGCCGAACACGAGGCUGGAAGAGACCCAUGAUGAGUCGAUACUCUCCCCAGGUGGGGAAAAGAAUGAUUUUCUGGUGCUAGCACUGAUCAAGACAAUCGCGGACGGCACCAGCCGUUGGACAA